AAGGGGGAGAUGAGUCCGACUCUACAUCAUUCCACAUCCUCCACCCACACAGUCAACUCCUCCACUCAUCUCCACUCGUCUCCACAUAACCUCCACCAUGUACAAGGUGUGCCUCUGCCUGGCCGUGGUGAUUGCAGGUGUGGUCGGCCGCCCCUCCAACUCCUACGCACCCCAACCCUACAAGGAGGAGCCCAUGCCGUACAACUUUGCCUACGGUGUGAGGGACGACUACGCCGGCACAGACUUCGGCCAGCAGGAGAACAGCGACGGCAACACUGUGAAGGGCUCCUACACCGUGCAGCUCCCCGACGGCCGCAAGCAGACCGUGAACUACGAGGCUGACCACUACAAGGGCUUCGUGGCUGACGUGCAGUACUACGGCGAGGCCCAGUACCCCCACGAGUACGGCCCCGCCAUCACCUUCAAGCCCAGCUACGGCGGCGGCGGAUACAAGCCCCAGCCCUCCUACCACUAAGCGGCGGAAGCAGUAGAAGGUAGAGAGGUGGACGCAAGGAUAACUGGAUGCCCAAAGAAGGAAUGCAGGAUAGGAUACAAGGAUCAACAAGGAAUUCAACGACGCGAUGAUGAUACGGAUUACUGCAAGGCUAUGUAGAUUUUUGUAUUUUUUUAUAUCUUAAAAAAAAGAUUACACCAAAGUGGAUGUGUGAGUUUUAACGCUUUCUUGAACACUUUGUCUCUGUGCGGGUUGAACAGCAGGUGAAUAUGCACUGAUGUAUAAUUCAAUUCAUUCAAUUCAAUAAUUUAAUCAAAGGAUUUUCACCUAGCGUUUACCUGGAAUGGAUGUGAAGGUAUAAAUCAGGUAGGCGUGCGUUGAUUAAUGUUACCUAUCGAUUAAUCAAAGUAUUUCUCACCUGAUUCUCACCUGGAACAGAUGUGGGUUAGUUUCACGAAUGUUAAGGUAAAGAUCAGGCAAAAAGCAUCCAUUUUCACUUUCAUCACUUUCUCCCUUUUCACUUCACUAAUUAGAUGAAUGUAUUAGUUUUCUCCAUAAUCACCUACCUCACCUGCAAAGAUUACCUGCUCAUCUUAAUUUACCUGUAAUUUUAUUGCUAAUUAUUUUUUUUCUUAACAACGUUCUUAACUAUUCAUCUUGACUCUAAUCUCUCUUUCGCUAAUGAGGUGAGAAGUAAUAAUUUUCAUCUCAUAACUUUCUUACCUGCUCAGUUUACCUGCUCAACUAAUUAACUUUUUUCUUAAUCACCAAUCUUCGCUAUUUAUCUUCUUUCCUUCGCUAAUUAGGCAAGAAGUAUCAAUAUUCACCUUAGUCACUUUUCUCACCUGCUCAUUUUACCUGCCCACCUUAAUUAGCUAACCUGUACAGUAGUCACCCACGCGAGCAUUACCUGUCACUUUCCACCCACUAAUUACCUUUGUAUGUAAGUGAGAUAUGUAUUUUUUAUAUAUACUCAAAGUUUCUAUAUUUUUUUACGAUUUUGUAUCAUUUUUAUACUUUUUGUAGAUAGUAUUGCUCUGUCUGUCUGUCUAUAUGUCCGUUUGUCUGUCUGUCCGGAUGUCUGUUGCGGAAAAACGAUGCAAAGAACAGAAGAAGAAGAAGAAGAAGAAGAAGAAGAAGAAGAAGAAGAAGAAAUAGUAGUAGUAGAAGAAGAAAAAGAAGAAGAAAAGAAGAAAAGACAUCUGGCUCUAUAAUUUGUCUGCCUGUCUCUGUGUCUGUCUGUAUGUCUGUCUGUUUGAACAAUACUCAUCCAUAUCA